GUCAAGCUCAACUCGACACCACGCUACUAGUUCUUGUAUAUCACGAGAAAACGAGUUUAGGCUAGAUUGAGUAUAUGUGAUUUGGAUUCUGCCGGAUCCAGUAGACCUAUCACUUCGAUAUAGGAAACAAUUUUCAAUAAACAUAUAUAGAUCGGAAAUUUUGCAGAUAGUUCAUGCUUCAGAUAUCAUUAUAAGUGACGUUUGAUAAAGGGAUGCAGACAGGAAUAUAUCUGUCUUUUUAUGAGAGAUCUACUGAGCGUUGAUAUGACAUGUGUAAAAUAAGUGGCUCACUAUGUUCAAGUGGGUGAGUGUAUAUUGAUAUCUUGAGCAACUCUAGUUUAUUCUAUUUUAAAGACUGUCAGACACUCGCUUUCUUUGUAGCACGAUAUUUUACCAGGAACUCUUAAGAAUUAGGAGAGGCAAGACAUUUGAUACACUGUUCUCUGUUUCUGCGAAACGAAGACUUUAAACACAGUAGUUUCAAGGUAAAACAUUCCUGGCCUCGAUAAGCAAAUUAGCGCUAUGGACGGUGUAAUUGCAAAAUGGGAGGAGUUUGAUAAUUCUAAGAAAUAUGAAGAAGCAUACUCUGUAAUAUCCAAUGCAAUAAUUGAUAAUAAGCAUCCUGAAUUGUACUGGAGGAAGGCUCGUACCUGCAGAAAUUUAGCUAACUCACUGGGUAAAAACGAUAAACAGGUGUACAAUAAGUACAUAGAAGAUGGUCUUUCAGCUUGUGAAGAAGGGCUACGAGUAGAUCCAGAGAAUUCUAAGUGCAACUCCUGGUACGGAAUAUUUUUAAACUUAUCAUCAGAAAUCGAGGGAAUAAAUAGGAGGAUAGAAAAUUCUUUUAAGAUGAAGGACCAUUGGAUGAAAGCCAUAAAAGCAAAUCCUGACGACUUUGUUACAUUGCACGCUCUUGGGAGAUGGUGUUUCGAGGUUACAGAUCUCCCAUGGAUAAAACGAAAGUUUGCCGCUACCUUUUUCGGUGAACCACCAACAUCUACUUACGAAGAAUCUAUUGGGCGGCAUGCACAGGAAUCGCGCUUCCAACAGUAUCAACAUUAUAACUACAGAGACGACUAAUACAGGUCUUAAUUCAAAGGUUGGUAAAGAGUCCAAAAUCCUCAUUUUUGGAGACAGUACCCUAAAAAGCUCAACGCCGUGAAAGGAUCUCAAGAAUAAUGUAUAGAAAUAGGAUCUCUCAACUUAAAAGACAAGGCUAUAUCUCUAACUAAGUAAUCAGGAUCACACUAUGACCAGGAGUCCGUAUGCAUGAAGCACCUCUCAACCCUGUUCCAAAAUGAGGGUCUGAAGGAUAUCCAACUAAAUCUCAUGAUAGACACACAAAUAUCAGGAAACCACAACAUCCGAUCUUCAAUAAUGAAACCAUGUACAGAACCAUAUACAACACCAACAUGUGAUCCGUCCAACCACUCACAUAAUUCGCAACAACUCGCAAGAGAAUGGAAGCAAACCACUAUUUCUUCAGUCUAUAAAGAGGGUAGCAGGAAAGAAUCAGUUAGAUGAUGGUUGGAGGUAGUCGGCAGGAAACCCUGGACACGGGUUUCGUGCUACUUGGCACUCGUCAGCAAGGUGUACCUGUAAUCUUUGAGGGAAGUGGUGCUCCCUGGCGGGUUCGAUCCCGUGUCACCCAGCUUCACAGUCAAAGAUGUUACCACUGAGCUAUCCGGGCCGCGACCGACCUCCUGUAGGACUGAGAUGUAAUCACAAUUGACUGAUCACUGGAUGGUGACCAAUGUUAUGCGUGUUCUUUUAUAAUACUCAAUUAAAAAAGUGAAAACAAUAAUAAGUGUAGAAAUCAUAUUUUAUUGAGAAAACUGAAAUUUAUAUCAUUUUUAAAGAGAGAAAUAUGAUCGAAUUAAUGAAUGUUACGUAACAGAUCUCCG